AUGCCCGACGUUGCAUCCCUCCAGUCGACCGAUCUAGAUGCAAGGUUGGACGACAUGCUGCUGGCGGCCCGGCUGCCCUCCUUCGGUGACGAGGCCGCUCUCCCCGCGCGGAUACGGGACCACCUGAUCCGCGACCGCUCCGCCUCCCUCGACCUGCGCGCCGCCAAUUCGUUUAAGCUGGCGUCGGCCCUCAAGGGCCCCGGACCCGAGGGCCCGCCCUCGCCGCCCCUGGCCGCCCGGCAGCUUCCCUCCGGGUGCCUCGGCGGGAGGAGCGUGCGCGACGUCAUGGCGGCGGCGGCCGCCGCGGCGGUGACGUAUGCGCCGGGCGUGGGGGGGUCGCCUUCCAGCUCGGCGUCCUGGGACUCGCAUUUUAACGCCGGGCGGCUGGACGGGGAUUUGCACGGCGAUGGGAUGGGAUGGCGGGGGGCCGAUGUGGACUACAGGAUGAGGCUUCCCAGCGGUCCUAGAAAAGCGGGAGAAGGAGUCGAGGACGUUUUCCAGCACAUUGUCGCCGUCGAGAAGAUUCGAGAGGGAUGCGUGUUGGUUCGGACGACUCUGCUGGUGGCGGGCUUCAUAAUAGGAUCAUCCGGAAUGUCAAUCAGGGGCAUCAUUCAGAAGAGCGGGGCCUCCAUCACUUCAUCGACGGUUCUGUGGCCGCCAAGCAACCCCAGAGGAACGCGCGAGUUCAUGAUAGUGGGACCGUCAGAAUCAGUGGCAUACGCCCUGGACAUCAUGUACGAAGCAGUGGAUCGUUACAAAAAGCUGUCGGAGGGCCUCUUUGCAGGUCAGCAUGUCGAGCGCUGCCAGACGAUUCGAGACGUUCAAUUCUUUUACCAGCCGCCACCCAGAGGAAAGGUCCCAUACGCGGCAGGGAUCAAAGUUCGAAAACCAAGUUCCAUCGCCAAUGGAUCGUCCUGCAUGUUGCGCACGAGGCGCCCCGAGCAGCGCUUCAAUUUUGCCAAGCGACACUAA